AUGGCGGCGCCCGGCCCGUUGUUUCAGCGCCUCGCAAAUAUCUGGCGGCUCCUUUCGCUCAGGAGUGAUGUCGACCAUCUGAUCCUCGAGCUGCUCGGUAGUUUCUCGUUAGAGAAAAUAUAUGCUGACGGCGACAAAGAUAGUUAUCAAACCUUGGUGGUCACUCUCCUCGCCCAGCUCAACGCUAUUUUCCACCUCCAGCGGCUCACACUGCCCUCCGAAAACCUGCAGGUCGGUUGGUAUCUCGGUUUUCUUGUGAGCUGGGAGGUGGCGUUGCGCUCCGUCGAGUUCGUCCUCCAAACCGUCCUCGAGGGACGGGAGAGCCUGUGGGAGGUCGAGUCCCUAAGAGGCAAAUACUUAGCUGAGUUCCUGCUGUCGGCUCUUCGAGUCCUUGCUCUUCACCCCAAGGCCCCGGCGAACCAGCGGGCGAAGGAUCGUCGUGAUCGCUUUGCUCGCAUUCACCGAUCUUUAGAGCGUGUUUUCGAUAGCUAUCCUGGAGAGCAGUCCUUUCUCCUGUUGGUAUGCAAGGAGGUGACGGAUUCGUUGCGCACCAACCCCGAUUCUCUUGCCCUUCCGCCUGGGCUGAGGUAUGAAUUGCCAAAUAUAGCUUCUGAGUUGUAUCCCUUGCCCGACUGUCUAUCAUCCCAAAAUGUGUCCACGAUUGUGCCAUCGAAUGGCUUUUCGGAGGACUGGCUGCCUCAAUUUUUAGCCCUGCGAGAUAUUUCCCAUUUCGUAGUGGGCGCCUCGGUCCAGUAUGUGGUAAAUAGGGAGACUCGCGACAUGCGCCUUCAGGCAUCCUCUGCCCGGAUUCGAAAUGCUGUGUUGCAUGCGCUUGACAACCUGCGAAUACCAGGCCAUAUCUCCAGAGCCGACUUGAUCUCCACAUUUAGUGAAACCUUCCGCACGGUACUGCCGGAGACGCCCGGAUUUGUACGGCGAAUAUCAUCGGAUUCCCAGUUCGAUGAGAGCGAGAUGGAUGCAAUUGAAGCGUUAUGCUCCAGGCUCAGUGAUCGGCAAUUGAUCCAUCGUCUAAGUGAUCGCGAGAUGAUGCACAGCCUCUCAGAGACCACCAGACUCAUUGCGCUCCUGGACGACCCCAGCGGGCAAUUCCGAGCGGCCCGUCCAAGAUUAUACGCAAUGAAUUGUAGUACCUGCCAUCUCUUUGGGGAUUCCCAACUACGAAAUCUGGGUCAUUUUAAAUUUCCACCCGACACCGGGGAAAACAGUGAAGCCAAUCUACCACCCAAUUCGAGAUGUGGUGCUUGCGGGGAAGCCGUGACAGUCAUGCGUGAGGUGUCUCUAGCAAGGCACACUUGGGACCUCCUGAAGCCUCUUGAGCCCAACGCCGACACAAUUAACGUUGAGAGACAUCUCCCAACCCAAUUCCAACAAGCCCCCCCUAAAGUCGAGACGGGAAUGACCUUCCAGCCUGGCUACAGUAAUAUCCUUGCUGGUGGCCCAAGAUUGCGUGAUGCAGGUCCUUACACCACUUGCCGUGGACCACCAGAACGAUCCCGCUCUAUCUCUCAAACAAUAUUAUCCCCGAUAUCUCCUGGCGCCCCUCAGAUAUCUGAUCCAUCUCGUGUGGGAUCUUCGGACAGUGGUAACUCCAAAGAACUAAUACAAGCAAUGCUCCAAAAAUUAGACACCGGAAAGCAAGAGUCGUUAUCUCCUCUAGAGUUCGCGGAAAGCUCCACGUCAAGUCAAAAUCGAUUCGAACCAACAUCCUCAUCAAUCCCAAUCGAAGCGGCCUCGCCUACUCGAAGCCGAAUUGUACCUAUGAUCGUUCCACCCGAGAAAGGAAGAUCUAGGUGGAGGCCUCGAUUUGGAUCACGGAAGGAAUCCGCCGGAGCUUCAGGAGAUACAAGUUCGUUGUCAUCGGCCACUCUGGAGUCGCAGAGGCUCGAGGAGAUUUCCCUCAAAGUAUUAACGACCCCGCCGAAGAAGACUUCUCGGGGGAAAAUUGCUAAGCAUAUAUAUGUUUAUCUUUCGCAGAAUUCGACCUAUGCUCUUUUUUGGAACCAAACUUCAAUUUAUAUCUGGGAUCUUGGGACAUCUCCUGCCACCAUGAGCCGAGCAAUUUCAGCGGAGAGCACAUGUGUUUUGGCUGCUGUAACCAAGAUACAUUUGGCGUAUAUUAUCGGCACUCGAGAUCAAAAGCUUACCUUAAGAAUCGUCAACCUUAUACAACCGUCAGUGGCUGCCGUCGAGUAUCGGAUGUCCUCAUCGCUUUGGUGUAGGAGUAUAACCAUCUGCCCAAUGGAGAAUUAUGUUGUAGUUGGGUUCGACAACUCGAUUGUUCGCAUUUUCUCUACAACUAACUCGGAAGAACCUCGGGAAGAUCAACUUCAGACCGAAUGCAAGGAGUGUCAGCCGGUGGAGACCCUUUCCUUCUCUAAUGACGGUCUUGUACUCCUUGCCAGUACUAGGAGCCCUAAAAGCGGUUUGAUCCAGGUCUACUUAUGGCGAUUUCCUUAUUUAAUAUUUGAGGAGGUUCCUGCCUGCCGAUACCAAGUGCCCUUACAUGAAUCCGAGGAUGGAGGAGUCUCAUCAGCAAUCUAUCGAUCCGGAGUUGGUGGUGAGGACAAUCUGAUAUGUAUUACAACUUGGACACAGUUGGGAACUCCUAUCCUGGUUCAGCCGCAAGAUGGGCACAGAACCGAUAUCAGAACAGAGAUCUCUAAUCGCCAGAGCCGGCUCGGUAAUCGCAUCCAGCGUGCUGCCUUUUCGCCGUCUGGGAAAGAGCUUGCUAUUGUCAACAACAAAGGGGACCUGUAUAAAAUUUCCAAUCUAAAUUCGAGCCCCAUGGAUAUUAAGAAGAUUGCAACAUCAAAGGAACUCACCGCCAAAUCUGAAUCGUUUGCUAUGGCUUUUAUGACGUUUCCGGAUGAGGAAGCAAUUGUUCUGUCAUGGACGGACUUUUCAAAGGGCACUGGUUUUAUUAAAAAGAUACCGACCUCAUUAUAUGGAGGCGGUCCUUUGGUACUAUCAACGACUAGUGUUACUCAGCUUACUCAAGUUAUUCCAGAAUCCCCCAAGUACGAACUUGCAGCUGAUAACAAGGAAUCGCAAAACCUACCAGCUGAGCUAAUAUCAUCUAAUACGAGAUCAACGUUAAAUACAACGAAUCGCUUAGGGGUAGCGAAAAAUAGCUUCUUCUAA